UCUAAAUUAUGACAGUGACAGGUCACUGAAUGUCAAAGUUCUCAAAUAUGCGAGCGCCGGUUUUGCGGAAGGUUAUUGACAAAAUUUUAUUCAUUUGUCAAAACACUGGAGUGUAUAACACGCAUUUUUGCUCGCAAAUAAAACUGAGCGAACCAAGGUGGAAGGUUGAGAAGCUAAAGAACCUUAACUUAUCACCAGAGGCAAAGAGAAUCAAGUACGAUAAUAUGUCGGUCGUAACUAUCGAUAUGGUUGACCCUUGGAACAGCUAUGUAAUAAGAAAUAGUGGGAUAGAGAAUAGGAAGCAUAACCUGGACGAUGUCACAGAAUUUAAAAAGUUUAAAAUUGACAACGGUCUGAAUAAAUGUUUGGCUGAAAAAGUUUCUUUGUAUAAAGGCGAUAUUACUCGUUUGGAGGUAUCUGCUAUAGUGAAUGCAGCUAACUCUAGACUGAAGGCAGGCGGUGGUGUGGAUGGAGCCAUACACCGAGCGGCUGGCCCUCAUCUACAGGAGGAAUGUGACACUCUUGGCGGUUGUCCAACGGGCGAAGCGAAGAUCACAGGAGGGUAUAACCUACCAGCUAAAUAUAUAAUCCACACGGUGGGACCUCAAGAUGGAUCGGCGGCGAUGCUAAAGAAAUGUUACGAAAACUCUUUAGCGUUCCACAAGUCACAUAAUAUCACAAGUAUCGCUUUUCCUUGUAUUUCUACCGGCAUUUAUGGAUUUCCCAACCGUUUAGCCGCCCACAUCGCCCUCCGUACUACGCGCCAAUUCCUCGAACAAAAUGAAGGAAUGGAACGCGUUAUUUUUUGCACUUUCAUGCCAGUAGAUGUUGAAAUCUAUGAAACUUUAAUGCAAAUGUAUUUUCCUGUCCAUGAUUGGAAUUAUGCCGAUGAUGCUAGAACUGAGAAGUAAUUUUCUGGAGCUUUUAUAGUACCUCUUAUAGUAACUCUUUCGUUUUGAACCUUUUUCAAGACCCAAUAGAAUAUAAAAUAUAAUGUUGAAACAAGAUAAUCUGUUCUCGAAUCGAAAUCCACUAAUUUUUUAAACACAUUGUGAUGUGAAAUGUUCUGUAAGAUUUUUAGCGUUUUUAUUUAAUUGGUAAAAAUAUGUAAUUUAUUGUAGAUGUUUUUGAAGACUGUUGAGUCGUUGAAAGUCUGAACUAAUGUUGCUAUAAAUAAAAUUCGAAUUUCUGUGAUUAAAGGAGGUAUUUAAUACCUAAUUCAAAGAUAUUU